AUGCAGGAUGCGGAGGUGCUGCGAGCGGACAUCCUCCUCGACCGGCUUCUGAAUUACUUGCCGCAGCCGAUUCGUCCAGAGGACCAGCGCGUGGUGGAGAACAUGCUCCGCCUGGGCCGGCCAUUGCGCGAUGGCACGUUGGAUGCCACAGAGUUCUGCCAAAGGUUUGAGCUGCUGGCACGCAACGGCGCCGUUGCUGGCCGGGAGCCUGUAGCACCGGUGAGUCCCUCACGGUCUGCCCGUGACACCAGACUGCAGCUCCGGGAGAAGGUUCGGCUGCCAAGCGCCUGGUUGGCUUGUCCCCGCUCUUGGGCCUCGAGGAUGCUCGGGCGCAACCGUGGCAGGGACCCGCAAGCCGUGAGCAGGCGGCACCUCCGCCGCCAGCCCCUCCAGAUGGCCCGCGCCCUUCGGAGGACGCGACUCAAAGGUCGGCAGGAGAUGGCAGAGCACAAUAAUUCGGGCCCGAGGCACGUUGCAGGUUGUCUGCACUGA